UUCAGCCACGAUUCUCGGUAAAAAGUUGAAGCUGAGAGAUCCAGUUGCUGAUUUUACAAUUUUGAUAUUCACUGUGCACUUCCCUCAUCUCCUCCUUUAGCGACAUAAAUACAUUAUGCUUAAUCGAGACUGGCUCCGAACAUACUACAUCCUUACCCUUAUGACUUCCCGAGUUUCUGCGGUAACUUACUCGUAGGCCAGUGUGAUUGGCAGGUUUUCCGCGGCGGUGAUGCUCGUUGGUAUCAUUACCGCGAGGCUGCAGCACAGCUAAGUCCGCCAGCCUCAAUGCGACGUCUUCUCCAACCUUCACUCACUUCACGUCUAUACUCUUUCGACAGCUCCACAGCGACUAAGAACCUUUCCUCUUGCGAUCCCUGAGCCUAGUCGCAUAAUGCGUCUGCUAUACAACAACGGCGACGGUAACAUUAGCCUGACCAAGUUCCUCGAGAACGACAUCCCGAAGUAUGCUAUACUUUCGCACACAUGGGAGGAGGAGGAGGUCACCUUUGAAGAGCUGCAGAAAGGAAUCGGCACGACAAAAACUGGUUACGCCAAGAUACGGUUCUGCGCAGAGCAGGCUAAGCGUGAUGGCUUGCAAUACUUUUGGGUGGACACCUGCUGUAUUGACAAAUCAAAUAGCGCUGAGCUUGCAGAAGCUAUCAACUCUAUGUUUCGCUGGUACCGCAUGUCGACUAAAUGCUAUGUCUAUCUGUCGGAUGUCUCCAGAACUCCCGUCAACAUCGACAGAAUGGCUUGGGAAUCGGCAUUUCGGAAAUCCAGAUGGUUUACUCGAGGCUGGACUCUUCAAGAGCUUAUUGCUCCGACAUCUGUUGAUUUCUUUUCCAAGGAGUCCAACCGAAUUGGUAGUAAGCGUUCUCUAGAGCAGCAAAUUCACGAGAUCACAGGGAUUCCUAAAAUGGCACUUCAAGGAGCCUAUUUGUCGCAGUUUGACGAUAAAGAGCGAUUUUUAUGGAUUCAGCCCCGCCAGACAACAGUCGAAGAAGACAAAGCCUACUCAUUACUCGGUAUUUUUGACGUCCAAAUGCCCCUCCGUUAUGGCGAAGGGAUGGCGAGUGCAUUCAAACGCCUCGAAGAGGAAAUCGACAAGUUGAACAAGUGCCUCCAAGACUUACGCCUCAGCGAUCCCCGCGAUGAUAAGUCGCGCAUUGAGGAGACAAAGGGUGGCUUGCUGGAAGGCUCGUAUCUCUGGAUCCUAGAGACCUCCGAUUUCCGACAAUGGCGGAACAAUCCGCAGACUUGGCUGCUGUGGAUCAAAGGAGAUCCUGGCAAGGGCAAGACAAUGUUGCUCUGUGGCAUUAUCAACGAGCUGAAGAAGUCUUUACCGAAGUCGACUCUUCUAUCAUACUUCUUCUGUCAAGCAACCAACUCUCAGAUUAACAAUGCCACGGCUGUGCUUCGAGGUCUAAUCUAUCUGCUUGUCAAUGAACAGCCGGCUCUUAUCUCACACGUACGGAAAAGGUAUGAUCAAGCCGGCAAAGCGCUCUUCGAGGAUCUAAAUAGCUGGGUUGUGUUAUCCGAAAUGUUUACCAACAUUCUACAAGACCCGAACCUGAAGAGUACGUGUUUAGUCGUUGACGCGCUCGACGAAUGCGAAGUGGGUUUGCCGAAAUUGUUGGACCUUAUCGUACAGAUUUCGUCCAAGUCUCCUCAGACCAAGUGGAUUGUUUCUAGUCGUAAUUGGCCGAGUAUCGAGAAGGGCUUCAACAGAGCGACACAGAAAGCAAGCAUGUGUCUUGAGCUGAACGAAAAGUCCGUCUCCGCAGCCGUCAGUACAUACAUCAAAUCCAAGGUAAAUUGGUUAGCGGAGCGACAAGAAUACGACAUAGAUACCCGAGACGCUGUCCAGCGCUACUUGUCCUCAAAUGCACAUGGCACAUUCCUUUGGGUUGCUUUGGUUUGUCAAGAACUCACCAGUAUACCAGGAUGGGAGGUUGAAGAAACGUUGUCAGCGUUUCCCCCUGGACUUAAUACCCUUUAUAUGCGGAUAAUAGAGCAGAUUAGUACUUCAAGGACAGCUAAGCGCUGCAAAAGUAUACUGGCCGUCGUCGCAGUCAUACACCGUCCCAUUACAUUAGACGAGCUGCCUUCGUUCGUCGACAUGCCACCACGAAGUUCUGGUAAUUACAAGGCUCUCGCAGAGAUCAUAGGACAUUGCGGCUCUUUUCUUACAAUUCGAGAUCGCACUGUUACUUUUGUCCAUCAGUCUGCUAAGGACUUCUUGACCAAUACGGCUGUUGAUAUCGUCUUUCCUUCUGGGAUGCCGGAUACUCACUAUGCUAUAUUCUCGCGGUCGCUACAAGUCCUGCCUACGGUACUACAGCGCGAUGUCUAUAGUCUAAGAGCUCCCGGAACCACUGUCAGCCAAGUUGAGCAGGCCGAUCCAGCUCCCCUCGCCGCCGUUCGGUACUCUUGUCUUUACUGGAUUGAUCAUCUGCUUGAAUGUCAAAGUAGAGAAGAAUUAAUCGGGGACCUUAAGGAUAGUGGCAUAGUCUAUAGUUUCCUCCGUCAGUACUUCUUGUAUUGGCUUGAGGCACUGAGCCUGUUGCAAAGCAUAUCACAAGGUAUAGUUAUGAUUCAAAAGCUCGAGGAUCUUCAGUUUGAUAAAAGCCCUGGUUUAAGUGCGUUUAUACAAGAUGCCAGGCGAUUUGCUGUAUCCAAUCGAUCAAUUAUUGAACAGGCGCCUCUUCAGGUAUAUUGCUCAGCUCUUGUUUUCGCUCCAGAGAAUAGCAUCGUUCGAAAAGCCUUUGAGAAGUGUAUUCCGUCUUGGAUCCAGACAAAGCCUCGAGUAGAAACAAAUUGGAAUGCGAUGCUUCAAGUACUCGAGGGCCAUACAGAUGCGGUCACGUCAGUCGCCUUCUCCCCCGACGGCAAGCAGAUCGUGUCUGGGUCUUGGGAUGGGACGGUCCGGCGCUGGGAUGCGGCUACUGGACAGCAGCUGCUGCCGGCACUCGAGGGCCAUACAGAUGAGGUCAAUUCAGUCGCCUUCUCCCCAGACGGCAAGCAGAUCGUGACUUUACACGUCUCUGAAAACUGGCUAGUAGAAGGCACUACUAAUCUCCUCUUGCUACCCACUAGAUAUAGACCUACUUGUGAGGCUACAUGGGGAGGAAUUAUCGCUUUGGGACAUUCUACUUGUUAGUGAACGAUAUACAAAGCUUAUGAUAUAUAUCUCUUUUUCUCCUUUCCUCUCUUCCAUCGAGGGUUCUAGGGGAGCCGAAUAGUUUAUAAUAAUUUAAUAGCUGUCACUUACUUCUAGAACCUUCUAGAAUAUGCUCGUAACUAGCAAUAUCGUCCACGUAAUCAAUAAGUCA